AUGAUGGCGAAUCCGAAAACCCCGCAACAAAAUCCCCGAAUUUCUUUUGAGCAGAAGGUUUUUUCCAAACCAUCAUUCCCAUCCUUCCCAACAUCACCAACACCAAAACCAAGACCAUUAAAAACAAGCCCCAACUCUACACUCCACAAUCCACCACCCCAACUAUCCUCCUCAUCCUUCUCCGCUCAAUCCUCAAGCUCUUACUCCAGCGCACCUAGUAGCCCUUCCUCUCCCUCCAAUCUUACCUCCAAAAUGCGUAAUCUAUGGAACAUCUCGCAUAGCAAGUCCUUCCUCUCAAAUCUCAACAUGGGUAUCGCGGCAAACUUCCCCCUGAAGAAUCUAAAUCUCCAUUCGAAGAAAAAUGUACCUAUUGUGUAUGCAGAUGAAGGGGCUGAGAUUGGGGCUGGGUUUGGGAGAGAGGAGUAUCAUGAAUAUAUUAUUCAUGCUAAUCAUACAAACAACUUCGAUCACUCGGACCAGAUGAAUGAUAGCCCAGCAGCCACUCCAAUCCCCAAAUCAUCUAGUCCUAAUGGUAAACCAGCGAAGCCCUUGGCUUAUUGUGCUGCAGGAGAUUUAGAUACAAAUUUGCUCUCGGGACCAUCGACACAGCAUACGGAAUAUCUUCUUUCGAGAGUAGAGGGGCAAUUUAUGAGCCCGGAUACACCGCCGAUGGAUUCGCCUCUCGGGGAGCGAUUUGGUAGGGGGUUGUUAUUUGGGAGCGCGAGUGGGAGAUAUGAUAAUGAUCCGAUCAAGAAGGGUACUUAUGAGAAUGAGAAUGAGAUUGAGGGGGUUGGAGAUAUGAGAAGUACAGGGGAUAGAAACCAGGAGGGCGUCGAGAGCAGAAGUGGAAGAGGAAGAGCGAAGAUGAUUCCAAAGAAGCAAAAUCAAAAGACCUGGAAAUCUAUACAUCGAUCUUGUAGAGAGAUGCUGGAUGGUAUGAAUCUUUUGAAAUGCGAUAGUGAGGGCACUAAAGCCAUGGGACAGGAGAAUGGGAAUAGAUUUGUCGGAGCAGUGAGUUAUAUGGAUAUAGUCAAUGAUGAAGAUGACGAUGAGGGAAACGAGACCGAGCACGAUGAUGAUACGGAGAAUUACGAUGAAUGCGAUGUAUUUACCGAUGCACACUCUGGUUCCGGCUCCGGUAAAUACUGGGAAAACGAUCAAGAUCGUCAUAGAUUGAUUCAUACCGAGUCUCAGGAUUCGAUGGUGGAGAUUUAUACUUCUUCGCCUAGUUCUUCCGACAGAGAUACAAAGCUCGGAAGCCAAAACCAAGCGAAUAUACAAACGGAUAUCGAAGAGACAAUCGAUGAAUCCAUCCUCACACCUAGAAAACCACUCCGAGAAAGUGAUUUCGCAUAUAUGCACAUGCGACCCAAGCCCAAGACAAACCCACAAACUGCCACAGGAAAUCCGUUCAACACAAUGUCCGAAAAUGGCAAUGAAAACGGAAACACAUAUCGAUACCGCUAUCCCAACCACAACGACGACGAUAAAGAAGACACGCAAUCCUCACUCGACAUGGAAGAUUCCCUCUACGACGACACCGAGAAUCCCACACCUAAAUUCAAAUUGCACAUGGCGCGCGCCGAGGCCGAGUAUCCGGAUUUUGCAACCAUGAUGGAUAGGGAUAGAGAUAUGAAUACGGAUACCUAUCCCUCUACUCCCACUCCUAAUCCACAAACACAAAUACAAAACGCAACCUCCUGGUCUCACAAACGCGAGUUUGAUGCCGACGCGGCACUAGAUGCUUCUCUAUCUUCGCUAUCUCGUCUUCAGUAUGAGUAUCAACUUCAGUGUCUGUCCGGAUCGCAAGGUUCGAUUGCGACUUGA